AUUCCCUGCAUUCUCAAUGGUGGCUCUGGUAUUGUGGGAAUUAGUGAGCAAUGCUGCAAACAAAUCGGACUCGCAUAUACCCCAGUGAAAGGUUGGCAGAUGGAAUCUGCAAAUGGUUUGGUCAAUCAGCUCCUUGGCCACAUUCCGAAGUUAUGCAUUGGUAUAUCAGGGCUCAACUUCUACAUCCAGGCUUUGGUGCUUCCCAACCCACCUUUCCACCUGCUCCUCAGUUGCCCAUUCCAUGUCCUUGCCUCUUGCGUGACCCAAACUUACACAGACGGGAAACAGAAGAUCCAGAUAAUGUGUCCGAAUUCUCAGCAGACAAUC